GAAAGACUGGAAAGAAAAAUGGGCAUCUAAAAAAGAAGGUGGUGGUGCACUGGUGCCGUGUGAGUCGUGACUGCCGUGUACUUAGUGGGUGCCUGGUGGAAGAGAGACGACAGCAAAAUAUUUUUGUUUACGCCCGCGGACAGCAGCCGAUUGUACUUAUAUUUCACUCUCUCUCUUCGCCCAUUUUUGCCUUAUAAUUUUAUUAUACAUAGCGACGGUUGUAGAUCGUUAUUUUCACUUACAGUGUCAAAGACGGACAAAAAAGGUUUUCUGGAAUUGCUGUUGAGGAAAAAUUGGGGCGGCUUUUGGUUUUGUAAAUACCUAUUUGCUGCACACUGUGUACAACGGCCAGUGACAGGAGUCCGAUGAUUUUCCAAAAACAAUGAGUUUUAAUGACAAACAGGAUCACCCUAUCUCAAAAGAAGAAUGGAUGAUAAGACUGGAAGAGGGCCACCAAGUCCAGCGAACCCAAAUGAAUAACCUUAUAAUGAAUUAUCUUGUUACUGAAGGUUUUAAAGAAGCUGCUGAAAAGUUUCAACAAGAAUCUGGUGUAAAGCCAGCUGUAGAACUAGAUUCCAUGGAUGAUAGAAUUCGCAUCAGAGAUGCCAUCCAAAAUGGUCGUAUAGAAGAAGCCAAAACUCUGGUAAACCAGUUGCAUCCAGAGCUACUGGAUAAUGACAGAUAUUUGCACUUUCACCUGCAACAGUUGCAUUUAAUUGAACUCAUACGUUCAGGGCGCAUCGAAGAGGCUUUGCAGUUUGCCCAAGAACAGUUGAGUGAAGCAGGAGAGUCAGACGAAAAUAUUUUGGGUGAACUAGAGCGUACCUUGGCAUUGCUGGCUUUUGAUGAACCGCAAAAAAGUCCAUUUAGCGAUUUGCUCCAUCCUACGCACAGACAAAAAAUUGCAAGUGAAUUAAAUGCUGCAAUAUUGAAAAUGGAGUAUCAAGAAUCGACCAGUCCACGAGUGAAUAAUUUAUUGAAGAUGAUAUUAUGGGCACAAGAUGAACUGGAUAAGAAAAAAGUUAAAUAUCCAAAGAUGACUGACUUAGGUAAUGCUACGAUUGAAGGCCCAAAAUAAGUUAAACUAAUGCGAAG